AUGUCCACUCCCAAGCCCAAGAUUCCAACAGCCAUGAAGGCAUGGCAAUACACCAGCACGACAAAAAACGGGCUCGAAAACACUAUGCGCCUCAACUCGGCCGCUCCAGUCCCGACACCCACAGCCUCGCAGUACCUGAUCAAGAUCGUCGCCACAGCCCUGAACCCCCUGGACUUUAAACCCGCCGAGAUCGCCGUGUUCAACCGUCUCGUCAUCCGCAAACCUGCAACCCCUGGCCUGGAUUUUGCGGGAUAUAUAGUGACAGCGCCGUCAGGUCCAUCAGGAUCAAAGUCCCACUUUACCCCCGGCCAAUUCGUUUUUGGUGUUACCGGGGCCUCCCUCUUCGCGGGCGGCGCCCUGGCCGAAUACGCCAUCGCGAAAGACCCCCACAUCGUCGCUGUUCCCGAGCACCUCGACCCCAUCGAUGCAGCGACCAUCGGGGUCGCAGGUCUCACGGCAUACCAGACGAUCGUGCCGCACGUGAAAAGCGGUGAUCGGGUCUUCAUCAACGGCGGGUCCGGCGGCACGGGAGUGUUUGGGAUUCAAAUCGCAAAAGCCCUCGGAUGUCACGUCACUACCACAUGCUCGAGUCGGAAUGUCGAGCUCUGUACGAGUCUGGGUGCGGAUGAGGUGAUUGAUUAUACCAAGGGGAAUGUGGUUGAGGGGUUGAUUGUGAGUGCGAAGGCACAGAAACCAUUCACCCAUGUCAUCGACAACAUCGGUCGUGAUCCAAACUUGUAUUGGCAGUGUCAUAAAUACACGGACCCGGAGGCCAUGUAUAUCUUUGUCGGUGCGGAUUUGUCGCCGGCCGGGAUGGUCAACCAGGUCAAGAGAAAGCUGUGGCCGUCGUUCUUGGGUGGUGGGAAGAGAAAGGGGAUGGGGUUCUUUGCGCAGACAAAGAAGGACGACCUUGAACAGAUCGCUGCGUGGAUGACUGAGGGGAAGAUCAGGGCUGUGAUUGAUCAGAAGUUUGCGUUUGAGGAGGCCCCCAGGGCUAUCGAGAAGUUGAAAACAGGGAGGGCGAGAGGGAAGAUUGUGGUCGAAGUCUCGACAGCAACAUAG